GUAGGAGUUGAAGACAACAGAAGACACGGAGCGAACGCUCGUCGUCUCAAGAAGAAAUUCAGACGAAAAAAUAUUGUGUAGCAAAAAAACAUGGAGUUCGAGGAAGAAAGAAGGAAAAAGCAAGCGCCGUGAAGGAAAAGUCUUCGUCUCUCUUGAGCCUGGAUCGAUUUUGACUCGGUAAAUCUGGAAGUUGCUGAAGAUUCGAUUCGGAGUUGUUCGAAUCUGAAGAAUUUUUUCUGGCUCUGUUUGAUUCGAUUUCGUGGUUGAUUUGUUCGGAAUCGUGUCAAAGACUUCUGGAUUUUGAGCAAGAGUGCUGAUAGCUGCGUUGCUGAAAGAUCGAGAAGCUCGAGAGAUAUGGAUGAGGCAGGCGCUCAGGUGGCUGCUCCGAUCUUCAUCCACCAGUCGCUUUCUCCGGCGGUGAGAAAACGCGAUCUCUAUUACCAGAUGCCGAGUCUCCACCCACAAACGCAGACGCAGACUCUGCAGCGGAGAGAUGACUGGAACCCUAAGAUGUGGGACUGGGACUGCCGGAGAUUCGAAGCCAGGCCCGUGGAUGCAGAGAUUCUCCGACAUGGGAAAGACUCGGAGUUCAACGUCAGUGGCAAGAACGACAGUAACAGUGGUUUGACUUUGAGGAAUAGCAGCGGUGGAAGUGAAGGAGCUGAGAGAAACCUUGAUUUGAACCUCGGAAAUGGUCUGAACGACAUGGAAGAGACGCAGGCGAGCAGACAGAGCAAAAGGGUUCGGUCGUCGUCACCUGGAGGAGCAAACUACCCGAUGUGUCAGGUGGAUUGUUGUAAGGAAGAUCUGUCCAGUGCCAAGGAUUACCAUAGAAGGCAUAAAGUUUGUGAGCUUCAUAGCAAAGCGUCUAAAGUUCUUGUCGGGAAGCAGAUGCAGAGGUUUUGCCAACAGUGCAGCAGGUUUCAUCUGCUGUCUGAAUUCGACGAAGGCAAGAGGAGUUGUAGGCGUAGAUUGGCAGGCCAUAACCGACGACGAAGAAAAACCCAGCCGGAGGAAAUCACCUCACGGUUUGUAGUUCCUGGAAACUGUGAUUCGACCUCUAACCCUAAUACGGAUCUUGUUGCCUUCUUGACGGCCUUAGCUCGUGCACAAGGUAGGAAUGAGGGUAAACCUAUUGCUUCUCCUCCAGGUGUUCCGGACAGGGAACAGCUUCUUCAGAUGCUUAACAAGAUAAAUUCAUUACCUUUCUCUGCGGGUCUUACCUCAAAGUUGAACAACAUCGGUCUUUUAGUCGGGAAAACCCCCGAGAACCCUUCGGGUAAUUCCCAAAAUGGUAUGAACGAGACUUCUCAUUCUCAGUCAACCUUGGACUUGUUAGCAGUUCUCUCUUCCACAGUGGCUUCAUCCUCACCCGCUGCACUAGCUUUGUUAUCUCAAAGUCAAAGGCGAAUCGAGAUCAACAACAGCGACAAGACCAAGUCAACUUCAUCUGGCCAUGGGACUACUGCCAAUUUGGAAAGGAAAACUCGGGAUUUGCCUUCGGUUGGCGGGGAGAGGAGUAGUAGCAGUCACCAGUCUCCUUCACAGGAUUCAGAUUCUCAUAUCCAAGACACUAGAUCUAGUUUAUCUCUACAACUGUUUACCUCAUCACCCGAGGAUGAGAGCCGACCCAAUGUAGCCACUUCGAGGAAGUACUACUCGUCAGCGAGCAGUAACCCCGUCGAGGAUAGAUCUCCGUCCACAUCUCCCAUAAUGCAGGAGCUGUUCCCGAUGCAGAAAUCUCCCGGAACGGUGAGGUCCAAGAACGACAAAAACACGGGUUUUAAGACCGGUUGCCUGCCCCUUGAGCUCUUUGGUGCAGCGGAUCGAAGGGCCGAGAGUAAUAUUUUCAAGGGUUUCGGGCAUCAGUCGGGUUAUGCUUCGUCUGGCUCUGAUAAUUCUCCCCCGAGCUUAAAUUCCGAUGCUCAGGACCGAACUGGGCGGAUAGUUUUCAAACUACUCGGAAAAGAUCCUAGUAAUCUACCCGAGACGUUAAGGAUUCAGAUCUAUAACUGGCUUUCUAACAUUCCAUCAGAAAUGGAGAGUUAUAUCAGACCUGGUUGUGUUAUCCUGUCUGUUUACGUAUCGAUGUCGGCUGCUGCGUGGGAGCAACUCGAAGAGAAUUUGUUGCAACGAGUGAGUUUUCUGGUUCGAGAUUCUCGUUCGGAGUUUUGGAGGAAGACGCGAUUUCUGGUUUACACUGGCAGAAAAGUAGCGUCAUACAAAGAUGGUAAGGUUUGGCUGAGAAAAUCUCGGAGAACGUGGAGUUCCCCGGAGUUAAUCUCAGUUUCACCAGUUGCUGUUGUGGCCGGGAAAGAAACAACCUUGUUAGUAAAGGGUAGAAAUUUGACGAACGACGGAAUCAGGAUACAUUGUGGUCAUAUGGGUAGCUAUGCCUCGGUACAGGUAACUUCAUCGGCGUGUAAGAAACCCGGGUUUGACCAGUUAAAUGUAGAUGCUUUCAGAAUCCCGGGGGAAAGCGAUAGUUUUUGGGGACGCUGUUUCAUCGAGGUGGAGAACGGAUUCAAGGGCGACAGUUUCCCAUUGAUCAUUGCGGACGCUACCAUUUGCAAAGAGUUGAACCACCUUGAAGACGAGUUUCACCCCGAAAGGCGGGUCCAUGGAGAUAUCACGGGAUCGAGAGAGGAAGUUCUGUGCUUCUUGAAUGAGCUCGGAUGGCUUUUUCAGCGGAAUAUGACCUCUGACAUUAAUGGCGAUCCCGACUUUGCUCUCACCCGCUUCAGAUUUCUUCUCGUCUUCUCAGUCGAAAGAGACUACUGUGCUCUCGUCCGAACGCUCCUGGACAUGGUUGUAGAGAGAAAUUCGGGUAAGGACGGUCUAAACAAGGAGUCUCUCGAUAUGUUGGCCGAGAUUCAGUUACUAAACCGCGCUGUCAAGAGGAGGAGCAAAAAGAUGGCUGAAAUGUUGAUUCAUUACUCCCCGAAUCCCGCUCCCGAUGCCUCGAAAAAGUUCAUCUUCUUCCCCGAUAUGGCUCGAGCUGGCGCUUCUACACCGUUGCAUCUAGCCGCUUGUACGCCGGGUUUGGAUGAUAUCGUUGAUGUGCUGACAAACGACCCGCAAGAGAUCGGGUUGUGUGGCUGGAACUCCCUACGAGAUGCAAGAGGGCACACUCCAUACAGCUACGCGGCAACGAGGAACAACCACGGAUACAACGCCUUGGUGGCCCGAAAAAUCGCGGAUAAAAGAAACGGCCGAGUAUCUAUAAACGUCGAGAGCGAUUGGAUCGAUCAGACAGUAGGUAUGAACAAGAGAUCAUGCACGACUUGCGCAACGGUGGCUUUGAAGUACGAGAGAAAGGUUUUGGGUUCUCGCCGAAUGUUCCCGACACCGAUCAUCCACUCGAUGCUCGCCAUUGCCACGGUCUGCGUCUGCGUUUGCGUUUUCAUGCACGCCUUCCCGAUUGUUCGGGAAGGCUCUCAUUUCAGCUGGGGAGGUUUGGAUUUCGGCUCCAUGUAACGACAGAACAAGCGAGAGAUCGAAUCCGAGGCAGUGUAAAAGGUUUAUUCUUCCGUUUUCGGUGAAAACUAGGAGUGGUGAUUCACUCACUCCUGUCGGGAGCCUUUUGGAAAAACAAAGCCGGGGGACCGAGUGAAAUUCCGAAGCCGCCCUUCUGAGAUUUUCAAAAGAGGAAUGACUCAUGGGGGUAUAGUUGGAAUUACGCUGCGAUAGUUGUUAUAGUAUAUAUGUUUGUCUAUUUAUGUUUUCAUUUCUCUUUUUUAUUGCCUUUUUUUUCCCCAUAAAUAUAAAAUUAAACACGGCGACAAAAGCCAAAGCUGAAGCCUGUAAGAAGCAUUGAUACAGUUUUUUUUUUUUUUUAAUUUUUAGUUUUAUUUUCGUGUUUAGAGUGUCUUGUCUUUUGUAAAGUGUACCGAGUAGUUCGAGAGAUGUUGUAGCUUGUAGCAA